CUGAUUGAGGACAGAAGUGUUCCUCAUUCUCCUAGAGCAUUUUCCUCCUGUGGUUUCAGAAAUCUCUCUAUGUCUGCUGGGAGAAUCACCAAGUCUUGGGCUCUGAGCUGCUUCCUCUUACCAGGCUGAUAUUGACUCAAAGGGGGGGGGAGUCAGAGAAAGUAUGCAUUUCUCUUUUCCUUGUUGAAGGGGGUGUGUCCUGGGGCUGUUGGCCUGCAAGGGCAUCAGCCCAUGCACUAGGAAUUUCUCAUGAAUCAGAGGACCUGUGAGCAUUACAGAGAGCUGCUGUGGUUCAGAUAUUAAGAUCGUCUUUCCAAACAGCUCAAGAAGUUAUUGAGCCACAGGUACACUGGAGAAAGAGUUCCCUCAGACUGUGAUGUGAAGAGAGGAAAAUCACCAGGAACAGCAGAGGGACCUGCUAAAGAUGAGAGUUCAAGUGCUGUGGCUCAUCUUUUUCUUCCGGGUCACUGAGGGCAGUGAUGGCUUCCUGGGGAGAAAUGAUGGCAUCAGAACAAGAAGAGGACUCGUUGUGAAUAAGAAAAAGCACCCAGACCCAGCGCAGGAAUAUGAGCUGCUUCUUCAGGUGGCUUAUAGAAAUUCCAAGGAGAAAAGAGAGUUGAGGGAUGUUUUGAAUCUUCUGAAGCCUCCGUCAUUGUGGCUGCAUGGGCCAAUGAAGAUUAUCGGAGCAAAGGCAACCACCCACUGCAGCAACCAGAACGGGUUCCUACAGUGUGCCUGUGAAGAUGGCUAUUCCUGGUUUCCUCCUUCCUGCCUCGAUCCUCACAAAUGCUAUCUUCACACGACAGGAUCACUCCAGAGUUGCGACUGUCAUCUCAGUAACCUCACCCAGAGUGUCGAUUUCUGUGAGAGAACGAAAGUUUGGGGCACUUUCAAAAUUAAUGAAAGAUUUACAAAAGACCUUUUGAAUUCAUCUUCUGCGGUAUACUCCAAAUAUACCACUGGAAUUGAAAUUCAACUUAAAGAAACAUACAAAAGAAUUCGAGGCUUUGAGUCAGUUCGCGUCACUCAGUUUCGAGAUGGAAGCAUCAUUGUUGGGUAUGAAGUUGUUGGCUCCAGCAGUGCAUCUGAGCUGCUGCCAGCCAUUGAGCGGGUGGCUGAGAAGGCUGAGGAAGGCCUUCAGAAGCUGUUUCCACUAGAAGACGACUCUUUCAGAGUAUUCAGAGAAGUUCAGUGUAACAGCAUUGUUUUUGGAUUUGGGUUUAAAAAUGAUGAAUAUACCCUUCCCUGUAGCAGUGGCUACACUGGGAACAUCACAGCCAAGUGCCAGCCUUCUGGGUGGCAGGUCAUUAGGGAGACCUGCGUGCUCGCUCAGCUGGAAGAACUGAAGAAGAAUUUCAGUGUGAUCACAAGCAAUGCCACUGAGACAGCCAUGUCAUCCGUGGUGCAAAAUCUCUCAGUCAUCAUUCAGCAAAACCCACCAACCACAGCUGGGAAUCUGGCUUCAGUGGUGUCGAUUCUGGGCAAUGUCUCCUCUCUGUCACUGGCGCGCCACUUCAGGGUGUCCAAUUCUACAAUGGAGGAUGUCAUCAGUAUAGCUGACUACAUCCUUAAUUCAACAUCCAUAACCAACUGGACAGUUUUACUGCAGGAAGAAAAGCUCAUCAGCUCACAGUUACUAGAGACGUUGGAAAACCUCAGCGUUCUGGUGCCUCCAGCAGCUCUGCCUCUGAAUUUUUCUCGGGAAUUCAUUAACUGGAAAGGGAUUCCAGUGUCUGAAAGCCAACAGAAGACAGGUUACAGCUACCAGACUGACAUGUUCCCCCCAAAUUCCUCCAUUCCCGUCAGAGGCAGAGUGUUAAUUGGGUCAGACCAAUUCCAGCGGUCCCUUCCAGAAACUAUUAUCAGCAUGGCCUCACUGACCCUGGGGGACAUUCUACCCAUUACCCAAACUGGAAAUGCCCAGGUCAAUGGGCCCGUGAUCUCCACGGUUAUCCAAAACUAUUCCCUAAAUGAAGUUUUCCUGAGUUUUUCUAAGAUAGAGUCAAACCUGAGCCAGCCUCAUUGUGUGUUUUGGGAUUUCAGUCAUUUGCAGUGGAAUGAUGCAGGCUGCCACCUAGUGAAUGAAACUUCAGAUAUGGUGAUGUGCAGGUGUACUCACCUGACCUCGUUCUCCAUGCUGAUGUCACCUUUUGUCCCCCCCACCAUCAUCCCGGUUGUGAAAUGGAUCACCUUUUUGGGGCUGGGCAUCUCCAUUGGAAGCCUCAUCUUAUGCCUAACCAUCGAGGCUGUGUUUUGGAAGGAGGUCAAGAAAAACCAAACCUCGCACACACGUCAUAUUUGCAUGGUGAACAUAGACCUGUGCCUCCUGAUUGCUGAUGUUUGGUUUAUUGUUGUUACCACUGUGGACACCACAGUCAACCCUUCUGGAGUCUGCAUAGCUGCAGUGUUCUUGACAUACUUUUUUUACCUCUCCCUGUUCUUUUGGAUGCUCAUGCUUGGCAUCCUGCUGGCUUAUCGGAUCAUCCUCGUGUUCCAUCACAUGACCAUGCCUUUGAUGAUGGCUAUCGGGUUCGGCCUGGGCUAUGGGUGUCCUCUUAUUAUAUCUGUCAUCACCAUUCUGGUCAUACAACCUAACAAUGGCUACAAAAAGAAAGGCACGUGUUGGCUCAACUGGUCCGAUGGGAGCAAGUCCCUCUUGCCGCUUGCUGUUCCUGCACUGACUAUCGUGGCUGUGAAUUUGGUUGUGGUGCUCUUAGUUCUCACAAAGCUCUGGAGGCCAGCUGUUGGAGAGAGACUGAGUCAGGACCACAGGGCCACUAUCAUCCGCGUGGGGAAGAGCCUCCUUGUUCUGACCCCUCUGCUGGGGCUCACCUGGGGCUUUGGCAUAGGAGUAAUGGUGGACAGCCAGAGUGUGGCAUGGCAUGUUAUUUUUGCAUUGCUCAAUGCAUUCCAGGGUUUUUUCAUCUUAUGUUUUGGAAUGCUCUUGGAUAGUAAGUUGCGACAUCUGCUUUUCAACAACUUGUCUUCUUUAAGCUAUUUGAAGCAGCCAUUAAAGCAAAAUUCACCAGAAUUAUCUGCUAUACCGAAGUCUUUCAACCUAUUGCGACAUAAAGGCACUUAUGCAUUUUCUCAUACUGGAGAGUCCUCAAAUGACAUCAGGCUAACUCAGUUUUUAUCAACUGAAUAAACCACAAAAUCAAGAGAAAAAUUUUUCUGGAGCAAGUUGACAUUUAGAGCUAAAUGUCAGUGAUGAAAUUAGCUCAAUAUUAGAUGAAAUUUUAUGAUUUAAAAGUUGUGAAUAAAAGAAAAUUUUCAGUGGAUUCAUCUCUGCCCUCUUUAUCUUCAGUUAAAUGAAGAGAUGGAUUUUCAUGUGGUUUGAUUAAAAAGAAUUGCUACAUAUAUGUAGAAGAGUAGGUUUCAGCAGAAAUUAUAUCAGUUGUACCAGCCUGUCGCUGCCGCAAACUGUGGUCUCCUUUUUCAUAAAACAGCAUUAUUCAUAUGGCAUUUCCAAUCAUCUGAAUCAGAGUAAGAAAAUUGCAUGAAAUUGCCUUAGAAAAAUUGAGGGACCAUGUUCACUUUCUUAUCAAAAAGUCAUUGCUGUAAAUUUUCUAAGAAAAAGUCAUUUCCCUCCCCAAUUUCCUAGUUGGAUCUUAUACUUAUUUUUGCCUUUUGUUUUAGUUACUUAACUUUAAAAGUUAAUCAGAAAUAAAGUGAAAACUUCCAUUUCAUAUCUAAUGCAGCAUUUCUGAGUCUACAAGGCAGUUUCGUCUGGUCCCCAAUCCAGUGACAUGAGUGUGCCAGUAGACCCCAAGCAGAGAGGAAGAAGUGGAGGCUUGGAGAAGUGGAGGGACUUGUCAAACAGUAUAAAGGCAAUAACAGGUUAUUGGGGACUUUUGGUUUCUAGUCCAUGUCUACUGCCCCAUAAUUGCCUUGAAAAUUAGCUGCAAUCCUAAUAAAGCUUUAUGAGGCUACACACGAAGUUCAUUACUCCCAGAAUUCUGUGGGUAAGUGGCAAAGUGAGGGAGAGUUUGGUUGUUGGCUUCCAGGGAGGGGCCCUAAAACAUUCUGGAUUUCUCUCCUAAUACAUCAUAGGUACUCUCUGGGAGUUAUUUACAUGCAUCAUCAAUGCUACUUUCAGGUGAGAUAUAGAGCAGCAGGUGAAGAGACACUGUGUGAAGUGACAUUUUAUUUCCAUAUUUCUAUCCCUUUUGGUUCACCUGAGUAUCAGCCCUGACUACAGUGCAUAGAGCAGCCAAAGCCUUUGAUUCCUCUUUGUUUUCAGAGUAUCCUAGAGAUUUGCACUGGUAGUUUUUAAGGCAAGAGUUGAUUUCUCUCACCAAUAAGUGUGAUGAUGAUGAUGCUGCUGGUGAUGAUGGUAAUGGUAGUGAUGGUGUCAUGGUGUUGAUGAUAAUGGUAAGAUGUCAAAGAAGAAUCAA